CUUGUGUUCAUCUGGGCUCGAUCCACAGUGUAUAUAAUGACAAUGAAGUUUAUUGCAUAUUCAUGCCCCAUUGGGGCUAAAUGCAGUCAGUGUGGCACAAAGGGAGUAAACGGAAAACUAUACAUGUACUACAUACACUACAAUUUACAUGCUUCCUCUCUCCUCUUAAAGUAUGUGUAGACGAACUUACAGAGUUUUUCCAGUAUAUCGUAGUUAGAUGAUGGCAUAAGGUAUUUGAACAGAUCUUCCUUCGUUAGGUGCGCAUAUUUAUAAGAGGCUGACAUAUCCAACAAAAGCUGGCGAGGUUUAUGGCAAAUGUGCCGAACCAGACCGCUUUGACCUCUAAAGUCGAUGUAGGCUUUGUGUGUCUGCUUUAAGCACGAUGGUAUAGACAUUUCCUUUUAACAUGUUUUUUUUAAUAUAAAUAUUGGUGACCAUAAGAAUAUCUAAACUUCGUUUUAGUAUUAUUAGUGGGUUUGGUUUAUUUGGUUUCAGUCUAAUAUUCUUUUGAUUAUAAAAUAACCCAAUAUAAUUGUAAUAAUAUGCAAAUUGUGUAUAUUGCGCAUGGACUUAUUAUUCUGUUCACUAGUAUUCUUUGUGUUUUAGCGCAUACAUGCAGCAAUAUAGAUUGUACUAACAAGUUUGAGAACUCGGCUUGAUUUUGUUGAGAUCUUUCAAAUAAAGUCAUUGCAGGCAAAGCUUAUGAUUUGGUGUUGUACUUUUUUUAUUAUAUUUUGUUGCGUUAUAUCAUCUGAUAUCCGUAUGAAAGUUUUUCUCUGGCUCAUACAUAACAAAAAUGUUAGCCUCCAAAACACAGGAGCAAAGGGUUAUGCGGCGAUCUCUGGUUUAACCUAUGGUGAAGUGAGUAUCAGGUUUGUGACCUCUAACCUUUUGCCUGGGCUUGCCUGGGCUAAGCUGACGUCCGCCAUUUUGUUUUGCGUCUUCGACUUUGAUUUCAUCUCUGAAGAAUUGUCGAUAUUUUACGGAAUUCCAGACGUCGUGGAGACCGCUAAUCACCAUAGACCUACAGGUUGCAGCGUCCCUCCCAGCAUCCAGAGAGAAGCUAGUGUCUGACUCGGCACCGUUGUCAUACCCAGGGUAGAAAUGGAAGAUUCCAGCAGUGAACAUUCUUUGGAAAUGCAGUGUGUUGAGCAUCCUGGGAAGGAGAUGGACCAUUCUGGACACCCUGGGAAGGAGAUGGACAGCAGGGAGACCCAGACAACAGACAUGGGCCUGCAGCAGGAAACGUGUGAUGUGAACUUUCCCCAACCUGACAACACAUCAACCUCACAGGUACAGGAGAGCAAAGGCAAUAUGGGAAGGCAUGUGGUUAGACGUACUGAUGAGAAACCCUACAUGUGUGGGGAGUGUGGGUACAGGACAGCUGUGAAUGCUAACUUAUCCCGACACAUGAGAACCCACACUGGAGAAAGACCUUACAAGUGUGACCAGUGUGACUAUUCUGCUGCACAGAAAUCCACUCUGGACAAUCAUCUAGUAAAACACACUGGUGAUAAACCCUACAUGUGCGGGGAGUGCGGUUUUAGGACAACUCGGAAGUCUCACCUAUCUGCACACAUGAGAACCCACACAGGAGAAAGACCCUACAAGUGUGACAAGUGUGACUAUUCUGCUGCUCAGAAAGGGAAUUUGAAUAAACAUGUAGCAAAACACACUGAUGAGAAACCCUACAUGUGUGGGGAGUGUGGAUACAGGACGGCUAGGAAGUUUGAUUUAUCCCAACAUAUGAGAACCCACACAGGAGAACAAAACUAUAAAUGUGACCAGUGUAACUAUUCUUCAUCACGAAAAUCGCAUUUGGAGCAACAUGUAGCAAAACACACCGGUGAGAAACCCUACUUGUGUGGGGAGUGUGGGUACAGGGCGGCUAGGAAGUUUACCUUAUCCGAACAUAUGAAAACUCAUACGGGAGAAAAACCCUACAAGUGUAACCAGUGUGACUAUUCUACUGCACAGAAAGGCAAUUUGGACCAACAUCUAAUGACACACAGUGGUGAGAAACCCUACAUGUGUGGGAAGUGUGGGUACAGGACAGCUCAGAAGGCUAACUUAUCCAAACACAUGCGAAAACACACGGGACAAAAACCCUACAAGUGUGACCAGUGUGACUAUGCUGCUGCACAGAAAGGCAAUUUGGACCAACAUCUAAUGAAACACACUGGUGAGAAACCCUACAUGUGUGGGGAGUGUGGGUACAGGACAGCUCAAAGGUCCAACUUAUCCCAACAUUUGAGAACCCACACAGGAGAAAAACCCUACAAAUGUGACCAGUGUGACUAUUCUGCUGCACAGAAACAACAUUUGAUCGAUCAUCAAACAAAACAUUUCGGUGAGAAACCCUACAUGUGUGAGAAGUGCGGAUACAGGGCGGCUCAAAGAUCUACCUUAUACCAACAUAUGAAUACUCAUACAGGAUAAAAACCUUACAAGUGACUAUUCUAUUGCAAAAUAUCCUCCUUUAACCGACAUCUAAGAACGCACACCAGUACAAUGACCUAGAUGUCCGGAGUGUGUGGGAACAGGGCAACUCAAAUGUCUAAAAACCUAAGCAUAUAAGAACCCACAGAGGAGAAAAACCAUGUAAGUGUUAUCAGUGUAACUACUUUGCAGCUAGGAAAUCUCACCGCUAUCUACUUUUUUUAUACAAAAAAAAAAAGAAACAAACUAAAUAGUGUGACAAAUGUACAGCGUUCAGAUUUACUUACCUACAUAGUUCCUUGACCUCCAGGCCAUGCGCUCAGUAAACCUGAUGCUUUUGAAAGUAUAACAGCUCAUACAGGCGACAGAUAUAGAGGUUUACUUUUAACUGCAGCUAGGUGUCGUUGCUAACAAUGCAGUCCCAAACGUAAAGUACUGCCACAUACAUAUAUAUAUGUAACUCUAUGGAUGUAGGUUUUGUACUUAAGAUAGUAGCCAUGAUAGAUGUGCUCCUUUCUUUUGUGUUGACCGCUGAUUUGUUAAUAACAUUUAUGUAAGAAAGCCUUUUUAAAAUCGCACUGUAAACAUAAUAUAGAUGUAGGUUUUAGCCUUGAGGUAGUUUCCAUACGAUGUUUGUUUUUUCAUUCAUUCAUGUCGGUAUUAAUUUGAAUACUGGAAUAUUUUGGUAUAUUUGCAUGCUUUAGUCUACUUUAUUUGAUAGAAGGAUCUAACAUUCCCAAUUAUAUACUUUAUAUGCACCGAUGUGUACAUGUUUUGUAUUCGUAGUGUUUAAGCUUAUAGCAAUAAAGGUGAUAUUGACAUGUGUAAAAGCAAAAUUUUGGCAGAGCUAAUUCAGAAUAAAGGAAGCAAAGACUAA